ACUAUCCCAGUUCCAGACAAAUGAGCUUGGCGCACACUUGGGGAACAGGUCUCGUUGAUUCCUGUACAGCGCAGUGCGUGUCUCGGUUGGCAGCUUUGCGCCCGAGGGUGUCGCGAGCCGAGGCGUUGAGGACCGAGCGCCUCUGGCCCAGCCAGCCGGGCGGGAUGCGGCGCGGGCUGCAGCGCUAACCGCCCCCACGCUGGGCACUGGGCGUACGCGCUCCGGGCUGCAGGCGGAGCGGCGGCGGCGGCGGAGGGGAUGCGCCCGGGACGCGCAAGGCUCCUGCCGCGAGCUGCCAACCCGAGGUGGACCCUAAGGGCUCAUCGCAGGACCGCGCGGACCCCUGCCCUCCGGGGCACGCGGCUGAGGAGCCUCGGGGCCGCGUCUGCGGUCAGGAUGCUCUGGGCACCUCCCUGCUGGUGAGGAUGCCCUACUGCGCGGCUCCGCAUCCCCAGCCCCGGUCCCUGGUGGGCACGACUGCCUGGGCCCGGCUUCGGCCCCUCCUGCCGGUGGAUGAAAAGGGCCGGAGUCCUUGAGUGCGACCGGCGAUCGAAUCUGAAUUCUAAGAGCCAUGGAAGGAGGCACUGGGCUGCAGCCCCAGGCGGGAGAGCAGCUGGAGGCCAGCGCCAGAGUAGGAACGGUCCAAGAGAAGUGCGAACCCGAGACCUUUAGGUCCAAGAGUUUACCCGCCCUGAACAGCGCCUCCUGCAGGCCAGACCUGAAUCCUGCCGGAGAAGACUCCAAGUCCGCCUCUGGCCAUCAGGAGUUGAAGCCAGGCCCUGGCCCGCGGGCCCCAAGCCCCUACGCCCCGUCUACUUCGGCAGAGAUGGCAGGGCUGGUGGAAAGUCACCACAGGGUGGAAAUCGGCAAACCCAUAUCGGUGUCCUCCACUUUGGCCAUGCUCCAGGGCAGAAGGUGCCUCUAUGUGGUCCUCACCGAUUCCCGUUGUUUCCUGGUUUGCAUGUGCUUUUUGACCUUCAUCCAGGCGUUAAUGGUCUCCGGGUACCUGAGCAGUGUCAUCACCACCAUCGAAAGGCGCUACAGUCUGAAGAGUUCCGAGUCAGGGCUGCUGGUCAGCUGCUUUGACAUCGGGAGCCUGGUGGUGGUAGUGUUCGUCAGCUACUUUGGCGGCCGGGGGCGGCGGCCCCUGUGGCUGGCCGUGGGGGGACUCCUCAUUGCCCUGGGGGCCGCCCUUUUCGCUUUACCUCACUUCAUCUCGCCCCCCUACCAGAUCCAAGAGCUGAAUGCCUCGGCGGCCAACUACGGCCUGUGUCAGAAUGGCAACUCCUCGGCCACGACGGAGCCUCCCACCUGCCUCAAGGACUCGGGGGGAAACAGUCACUGGGUCUAUGUGGCUUUAUUCGUUUGCGCGCAGAUUCUCAUUGGAAUGGGCUCCACACCUAUUUAUACCCUGGGACCAACCUACUUAGACGACAAUGUCAAGAAAGAAAAUGCAUCCUUGUACCUAGCCAUCAUGUAUGUCAUGGGAGCACUUGGUCCUGCAGUGGGAUAUUUAUUAGGUGGACUUCUUAUUGGCUUUUACGUUGAUCCCAGAAGUCCCAUUCACCUUAAUCAGGAUGACCCUCGUUUCAUUGGAAACUGGUGGAGUGGAUUCCUCCUUUGUGCCAUUGCAAUGUUUCUUGUGAUAUUCCCAAUGUUUACUUUUCCAAAAAAGCUUCCUCCUCGACACAAGAAAAAGAGAAAGAAAAAAUACUCUGCUGAUGUUGCUGGUGACGAUGACGUUAUGAAGGAGAAAACAAACAAUUGUGAAGAAGUGGACAAAAAAGUUUCUUCUAUAGGAUUUGGAAAGGAUGCCAGAGGCGUCAUCAUCGUCCCCAGUGCCGGUGUUGGGAUUGUCCUUGGAGGCUACAUCAUAAAAAAAUUGAAACUUGGUGCAAGGGAAUCUGCAAAACUAGCGAUGAUCUGCAGUGGUGUGUCUUUACUGUGCUUUUCAACCCUGUUUAUUGUUGGAUGUGAAAGUAUCAAUCUAGGUGGCAUAAACAUCCCGUAUACAACAGGACCUUCUCUGACCAUGCCACAUAGGAAUCUGACAGGAAGCUGCAAUGUGAAUUGUGGUUGUAAAAUACAUGAGUAUGAGCCAGUCUGUGGAUCGGAUGGAAUUACAUACUUUAACCCUUGUCUGGCUGGCUGUGUUAAUGGUGGUAACAUGAGCACUGGGAUACGGAAUUACACAGAGUGCACCUGUGUCCAAAGCCGCCAAGUGAUCACGCCUCCCACAGUGGGGCAGCGCAGCCAGGUCCGCGUGGUUAUUGUCAAAACGUAUCUCAAUGAGAACGGCUAUGCUGUGUCUGGGAAGUGUAAACGGAGCUGUAACACCCUCAUCCCGUUCUUAGUUUUUCUGUUCAUAGUGACCUUCAUCACAGCAUGUGCCCAGCCAUCAGCCAUCAUAGUAACUCUCAGGUCCGUAGAAGAUGAAGAGAGACCUUUUGCCCUGGGAAUGCAGUUUGUUUUAUUGCGAACACUUGCAUACAUUCCUACUCCGAUUUACUUUGGAGCAGUUAUUGACACCACCUGCAUGCUGUGGCAACAGGAGUGUGGCGUGCAGGGCUCUUGCUGGGAGUACAAUGUCACAUCAUUUCGUUUUGUCUAUUUUGGUUUGGCAGCUGGCCUCAAACUUGUUGGCUUCAUUUUUAUUUUUUUGGCCUGGUACUCCAUUAAAUACAAGGAGGAAGAGCUACAGAGGCAGAGGUGGAGGGAAUUCCCUCUGAGCACUGUGAGUGAGACGGUGGGCCACACCGACAGUGCCGAUAAGUCUGUCCGGACUAGAUCCUGCCCAGCUUUCGGCACCCAGGGAGAAUUCCACGAAGAGACUGGUCUGCAAAAAGGGAUCCAGUACACAGCACAGACCUAUCCGGGGCCCUUCCUAGAAGCAAUAAGUUCCUCCCCAGACCAGGGGCUGGAAGAAAGCCCUGCUGCCAUGUAGCCUCCCUUCUGAAGCUUGAAAAUGGAAGACUUUUGUUGGUUGAGUUGAAUAUGGUGACUCGAGAAACACCCGUGCCUUCUUUUCUUUCUUUCUUUUUUUAACCUCUACAGACACGAUCCUCAAACCAACAAAACUCAGUAUACACAGCCACUGUUGAUUGAGGGCUGGAUACCUCAACAAGACUGAGCCUUUCCCCGCUUCUCUCCAAGAAGAAGGAGUUUAGAUAGAUUUGUUACCAUUUCUGAGUUGUUAAUUUUGACGCUAAUGCUCCAAUAUGGUAUAAGGCUGGGUGCAUGAUUAACAAAAUCAUGGGAAGUGUGAUGGCGGUGCAUAUCAUUAGCAUGCACUCUGAACAAGGGUGAGCUUGACCAUGAUUUUGCAUUGACAAAGCAAAGUGUUUAGAUAUGAACACCUACUGUGAGUCCUGCUACAAAGCACAAAUGAAUUUGCCUCAACUAUGCAAUUUGAUUGGGAAACUGUAAGUGCAGCAUGUUACUUUUGGUGUCAGAGACUAAAGCAGAUACGGUUCUGAAAUUAGGAAGCUAAACUUUCCCUAAAGUACUGUUAAUAGCAUUGUAAGCCAUAGCAGAGCUAAAUAUCAGGUAGAACUUUUCAAAUGCUUCAAAGGAACCUUAAGCGUAGCGUGAAAAAGGGAACAGCUACUUCGUUUCAUAAGACACAUUCUCUUUUAGUCUAUCUGCCCCACCGUAAAGGAGUUAAAGAAGCUGCUGAAUCAUGAACCUGAGAGCAUGAAUAGCAACUUCAGGAUUCUUUCAUAAGGGGUUUUAACACUCGUGUGCUAAACAAUAUGGCUAGAAACUGUCAUUUGAGAUGCAUAAUAAGGAAAGAAACUGAUGGCUUUCUCAUCCAAAGAAAAU